AGAAUUUUCCACACAUAUAAAUAUUGGUCUAGUCUCCAAAUCUUACCUAUCAUUCUAUCCUUUGGCACCAAAUAAGCAGCAGUACUGGAGAAAAUAAAAGUAUCACCAAUUCUGGUCUCUUCUUCUGUCUCUCAUCUUCCAUCUUAAGAAGAUAAAAAAAGGAAGGAAGACUGAGACUAGGGCUUAUUGAUCAAGCUUAACUCGCCAUGGCCGGCGAACAACUAGGAGUGCUAAACGCACUCGACCUAGCAAAGACUCAAUGGUAUCAUUUUACUGCAAUCGUCAUAGCAGGCAUGGGCUUCUUCACAGACGCCUAUGACCUCUUCUGCGUCUCUCUCGUGACGAAGCUCCUCGGCCGGAUAUACUACACCGACACCACCAAGGAGAAGCCCGGGACGCUGCCCCCGAACGUCGCGGCCGCCGUCAACGGCGUUGCCUUCUGCGGGACCCUCGCGGGCCAGCUCUUCUUCGGGUGGCUCGGCGACAAGAUGGGGAGGAAGAAGGUCUAUGGUAUAACCUUAAUUCUGAUGGUUGUUUGCUCCAUAGGCUCGGGGCUGUCCUUCAGUGACAACCCGCAAGCUGUCAUCGCCACGCUCUGCUUCUUCCGGUUCUGGCUCGGCUUCGGUAUCGGCGGUGACUACCCUCUCUCCGCCACCAUCAUGUCGGAGUACGCCAAUAAGAAAACUCGCGGUGCUUUCAUCGCCGCGGUGUUCGCCAUGCAAGGGUUUGGAAUUCUCGGCGGUGGGAUUGUCGCUUUAAUCGUCGCAGGUGCGUUCAAGAACUCAUUCGACGCCCCUCCAUACAAAACCGACAGAGAGGCCUCUCUCGUGCCUCAAGCGGACUACGUAUGGCGUAUCAUCGUCAUCUUCGGAGCCUUCCCGGCGGCCCUCACCUACUACUGGCGUAUGAAAAUGCCCGAAACCGCCCGUUACACCGCCCUCGUCGCGAAGAACGCGAAACAAGCGGCCGCAGACAUGUCCAAGGUCCUACAAGUCGAACUCCAAGCCGAGGAAGAGAAGGUUGAGAAGUUCACGUCUCGUUCGGGCCAAUCCUAUGGCCUUUUCACCAAGGAAUUCGCUCGCCGCCACGGGCUCCACUUGGUCGGAACCACCACAACUUGGUUCCUCUUGGACAUUGCCUUCUACAGCCAAAACCUCUUCCAAAAGGACAUAUUCACCGCCAUUGGGUGGAUCCCAGCGGCCAACACCAUGAACGCCAUUCAAGAGGUCUACAAAAUCGCCAGAGCGCAAACCUUAAUUGCACUCUGCAGUACCGUUCCCGGUUAUUGGUUCACCGUCGCGCUCAUCGACUACAUGGGCCGUUUCGCAAUCCAACUCAUGGGCUUCUUCUUCAUGACUGUCUUCAUGUUUGCCCUAGCCAUUCCAUACAACCACUGGACUCAAAAGGAGAACAGAAUAGGGUUUGUUGUUAUGUACUCUUUGACCUUCUUCUUCGCCAAUUUCGGGCCUAAUGCGACCACGUUUGUCGUUCCUGCCGAGAUUUUCCCGGCCAGGCUUAGGUCUACUUGCCACGGAAUAUCGGCAGCGGCCGGGAAAGCUGGGGCUAUUGUAGGGGCUUUCGGCUUCUUGUAUGCCGCUCAGAGCACAGACAAGACGAAGACCGAUGCGGGUUACCCACCGGGCAUUGGUAUAAAGAAUUCUUUGAUUAUGCUUGGAGUGAUCAACUUCUUUGGAAUGUUGUUUACGCUUUUGGUGCCUGAAUCCAAGGGAAAAUCUCUUGAGGAGUUGACUGGAGAGAAUGAAGAUGGUGAUCAGGAGAUGGAACAGCCGAAUGCUUCUUCGAGAACUGUUCCUCUUUGAUCAGUAACUGAUGAUGAAUAUAUAUAUAUUGUUUCCAUGGUUUGUGAAAUUUUAUAAUUUAAGGUGUUUCUUUUUAUCUUUUUUUUUCCUUGUUUUUUAAGUUUUAUUUAUGAUAAAGCAAUAAUGGAUGUAGAUAUAUGUUUUGAAGUGCUUCAAUACAUGCAGAAGCAGCUACACCGUGUGCUUAAUUUUUGUGUUUUAAUUAUCAAUUGUAUUGUACUGUACUAAUUGUAUUUUGUCUUAAUACAAAUUAAAUGAAAUGUUUGGAUUCUCACA